UCACUAGUUUGUUUAUUUCAUCUGUGACAGUUAACGUCAACUUCUUUUUCUUGAAUCCGGUAGAAGUGUGAGUUGAUCAUUUAAAUUAUCAAAAUAAAUCCGUACAAAUAACUUUUAUAUCUGAAGAUUAGUGCUCGAUUAUAUGGCGCCCCCACAGCCCAAGGCGGCAGCGAAGCCGGCGGCGCCCGUCGGCGGAGUGCAGAAGGCCAAGCUCGGCAAACCCAGGAACUACGACUUGGGCAAUGGAGUCAUGAGGUUCUCAAAGAGCAAAAUGUUCCAUAAGAAGGCUAAGUACAAGUUCAUAGGCAAGAAGCAUCCCAAAGCGCCCAAGGCCACAAAGCCCACAGUAGUGGUGAAGCCCAUUGGUGGAGAGAAGAACGGCGGUACGCGCACCGUGCUGCUGCGCCGCAGGACAGCAUUCUACCCCACACAGGACAAAAUCAAGUCAAAACCACACCACAAGACAUUCAGCAAACACGUGCGCAGGACUCGGCCCAGCCUCACGCCGGGCACGGUGUGCAUCCUGCUGGCCGGCCGCCACGCAGGCAAGCGAGUGGUGCUGCUGGCCGUGCUGCCCAGCGGCCUGCUGCUGGUCACCGGCCCCUUCGCAUACAACUCGUGCCCCCUGCGCCGCGUGCCGCAGCGCUUCGUGAUCGGCACCAGCACCAAGCUGGACCUGGGCGCGUUCCAGCUGCCGGCGCACCUGGACGACGCCUACUUCAAGAAGAACAAGAAGUCCGCGAAGCGCAGCGUCAAGCGCAAGGAGGGCGAGGACAUCUUCGUGAGCAAGAAGGCGCCGUACGCGCCGUCGGAGCAGCGCAAGGCGGACCAGAAGCUGGUGGACGCGGCCGUGACGGCGGCCGUGCGCGCGCGCGCCGACCGCAAGCUGCUGCGCGGCUACCUGCGCGCCGCCUUCGGCCUGCGCUCCAGCCACUUCCCGCACCGCCUGCGCUUCUAGACAAUACACUGUGCUGACUGCGA